AUCUGGGAGUAAAAAUAGGUAUGCCCAUUAGAACCACGCCAAUCAGACGCAGUCAGUCGCACUUCAGACUCAAUUGGAGUAACUCGGUACUCGGAGCGCGCUCUGCCAGACACAUCGAAGGAGGCAGUGAAAGUGGUUUGUUUGGGCAACGUAACUACGGAUAGUUCCAGAACGAAGGAAGCUAAAUUGAAACAAGUGUUUUUUUUAAGAAAUAUUCCUUGUGAAUGCUAAUGUAACAAAACGAUGGUGCAGCUGUGGAAUGGCAGUCGUAGAAUUGUUGCGAGUGCAACGCUUCUGCUAGUGUUAUUGUUGGGUGUGCCCAACGUUGCCGCCAUAUUCGUGCCCCGAAUAUACACCAGCGGAGGAGCUGUGGCCAAUGUUACUACUGUACUGUUGGGCGGUGGUUCGUCUGUUGCCGUCAGGGCUACCAUCGACUUUUACCCCCCGAACACAUCCGACACGGCCACGGGGAAUGAAUCUCAGAACGCGUCCGGUUCUCCGUCGAUAUGCAUCGUGACGAGCAGCCUGGACGACUUGCCGCCCGACCUGUUCACCGAGGAGCAGCGACUGCAGGGUGCCAUCGUGCUACACUUUCUAGCCACGAUCUACUUCUUCAUGCUGCUGGCGUACGUUUGCAGCGAGUACUUCCUACCGUCGGUCGAAUGUUUGUGCGAAGAUCUAAAGCUGUCGCAGGACGUGGCGGCCGCCACCUUUAUGGCGACCGCUACCUCAAUGCCGGAGUUCUUUACCAACACAAUCAGCACGCUGGCAGUAGACUCGGACAUUGGUGUCGGCACGAUCAUGGGCUCCAUGCUGUUUAAUACCUUGGGCGUUGCCGCACUCGUUGGUUUGCUCACAAAGAUGCACGUGCAGCUGGAUUGGUGGCCACUGACACGCGAUUCCAUUAUCGUCACCAUCUCCACCACGCUGUUGGUCGUGUGCGUGUGGGACGGUCGCAUCGAGUGGUACGAAGCGAUGCUCUUCAGCAUCACUUACGUGUUGUACUUUGUGGUGAUGUUUAAGAACGAGUCGUUAAAAAGGAUUGCCAUGCACUACAUCCAGAACCGGUGGAAUCUUUGCGGACGGUUGGAGCCAGAGCCUGAGGACGGCACGAUAGACGACAAGGUGCCGAAGAAGUACAACAUAGCCAUCUUAGGGCACGCUAUAAAUGGAGUCCUCGUUGGGAUGGAUGUUGAAUCGGCCAAGAAGCUUCCCCCGAGUAGUGAGUCUUCUACGAGUGCACCGAUCGAACCGGUUGAUCCAUCUCGCUCUAACAGUUCAGUGGAGUCGGUGAAAAGUGUGAAGUGGAGCGAGUUGACCCAACUUCCAGAAGCGUCUUUUGCUGGCUGGCGAACGAUUAUGUGGAUUUUUACCUGGCCGUACCGGUUUGUCGUGUUCCUGACCAUACCGGACCCGCUUCGCUUCCGUAAGCUUUACCCGCUGACGUUCGUGUGCUGUAUUGGGUGGAUCGGGGGGAGCGCCUACCUGGUGUUUUGGAUGAUCUCGGUCAUUGGCAAUACGUUCGGCAUACCGGACACGGUGAUGGGCAUAACGUUCCUUGCGUUUGGCGGCUGUAUGCCGGAAGCAGCAUCUGCAAUCACGCUUAUUAGGCGAGGUAAUGGCGCAAUGGGUGUUUCCAACUCACUGGGAGCAAAUACGCUCGCAAUAUUGUUCUCACUCGGAUUGCCCUGGUUUAUCAGGACAAUGAUCGACGGCGGUCCGUCGACGGGAGCGUACAUUGCGAUUCAGUCGUACGGUAUCCAGUAUUCGGUGCUCGCCCUGUUCGGAGCUAUCUUUACGCUCUACGCCGUACUGUACGUUGCCAAGUAUACGCUGCGAAAGAUGGUGGGACUGGUGCUGGCCGUUGGGUAUCUCGUGAUCGUAACGUUUAUGAUCCUAGUCGAGCUGGAUGUAUUUUUCCCUGCCGACAAUCGAUGCUAGGGCGUGGACAUCUCGUCGUAUAGAUAGUUAAAACGGGAAAAACUGUAAUAUAAAUAAAGUACGAAGUAGAGUACAUUGUUAGGACAAUAGCUCCACUGAAUGUUGAAUUUAGCUGCUAGGAAACUCAAAUUAUUUUUCGGCUCUUUGGAAGAAGAGACGAAGAGCAUAAUGAGCAAAAUGAGUUGCUUUGUAAUAAAACACAUGUUAAAAAGUAAAAACAAACCCGUU